UCAUUUACUCCGUAUCACCGAAAGAUACCAUACCAAGGACUCUUGUCUCCGAACUCUCAAAUCCUCUCUCUUUUCUCUGCAAUCACCCUAACAAUGGCGGCGAAAUUGAAGAUAGCAGGAACAUGGUCAGGUAUUUUAGAGGUUGAAUUAGAGAAUUGGACUGUACCCAUGUUGCGUCAAGAGGUUGCUAACCGAUCAAAUUGUACCCCUUCUUCAAUCAAUCUUAUUUUUGGCGGUCGAUUACUUAAAGACCAAACUGAUGAUCAAAACAACCUUAAAUUAAGUGAUUUGGGUCUCAAAAACAAUGCCAAGAUUUUGGUUACUCGUGUUAAUGUUGAUGAGGGCAAGUCUUUUCAGCAGGAAUUGAUGGCUGAAGAACAGCGCUCUUCUAGACUCACUCGUCUUAAGGCGGCUGUUGCUAUGCUUGCUAAGAGACAUGCUGAUGGAUCGCUACCUAUUGAUGACUACAACAUUGAGCUUGAGGAUCAAAGAGGGCAGAAGGUUAAUAUGGGUUCUGAGACUGAUCAAAGGGCAAUAAUGAUGGGCCUUAUGCUGCAUACAAAAGGAAAGCAGCUAAUGAGAACACAGCAAUACAAAGACGCAUUAGAGGUUCUUGAAAUGGGAGAGGAGGCGUUUUCUCUCUGCGACUCAAAACUUAUAGAGUGUAUUGACAAUGUUCCAAUCCUUCAAAUUGACAUGGUGUGGUGCUAUUUUAUGCUUCGUGACAUCAACUUGCUCGCGUUGGCUGGUGAGCGUCUUGCAAAAGCUAGAGUAGGUAUUGAGCGCUCUCAUGGAAAGAAUGCCUCUCGUGCAAGAGAGCUCCAGAGUAGUCGUAGCCCAGAGAUUGCAUUAUAUUUGAGGUUAGAGCUCUUGGAAGGUGUUGCAGCUUUUCACUGUGGCAAAUUGGAUAAAUCUAGAGAAGCUUUGACAUCUGCCAAAGCAAGAUACUCUAAGCUUCAAGUAUCGGAUGAAGCCUUAUCACUGCUAAUGGGCAUGGGCUAUCAUGAAUAUGAAGCUAAGAGAGCUCUGAAGAUGAAUGAGCAGGAUGCUGAAAGUGCUAUCAAUUUUCUAGAGGAGGAGAAAGAAAAGAAGGCAAAGAAGCGGGAAGAUGAUAUCAAGCGUCAACAAGAAAUUAGGGAGCAGAAGAAGUUUGGAAAAACUCCCCUUGGCAAAGCUGUCGAUCUUCAAAUGGUGCAAGUGUUAGAGACCAUUGGGUUUGAGAGGGAGCUUGCUGCAGAAGUCCUCCGAAGGCAUGAGAAUGACACACAAAAGGCUUUGGAUGAUCUGACUAACCCAGAGCUUAACUCUAAGAUACAGCUUGAUAUUGAAUGUAAGAAGAGGAAAAGACAACAGAAACAUGUGGAUUCAAUAACUGACGAACUUGUAUCCAUGGGUUUUGAUAGAUCACAAGUGAUUGCUGUGGUUAAUUCCCACGGAACAAGAACUGCGGCAUUAAAUGAGCUGCUUGCACAAGGUCCGAUGUCCUCUGCUUCUGUUGAUGGCUCUAUACCAAAUUUCGACCCUGCUACCAGUUCAACUGCCGGAGAAAGAGAAAACUUGCCAAGUUCCAGUGGUGAAGAGAGAGAGAGUCCAUCAAGUUCUCGUGAAGGGGAAGAACGGGACCUUGAGAUGGAAGAUGAACUCGUAGAGGAAUUACAUAGAGGUGACGCAUUUUCAGAUUAUGACAUUGAUGUGACCAAAGAAGCCGAAGCUCUUAAUGAAUAUCUGGCCUUGGUGGAUUCUGCCAUGGUUAAAAGUAACUGAGAGGAGAGGUCUGACCUGUUGAUGCUGUAAAUACUGGAUUAGAAUGAGCUCUUAUCAUGGCGAUGCUGAUGCAUCUAGCAAAAACCAGCAGGUCAACUAUUUAUUGGCUUCUCGAUAGUCAUAGUUAAUUAGUUUCAAAUUUACAAUCAAUAAGUUGCAUAGAUGUGAAGAAAUCAAGAGGUACUUUAGAAUAUGCUGAUGGUGUACAGAAAUGGUAGGGAUUGCAUUGCUCAGUGGUCAGGUUCAUUGGUUUUGAUCGGAUUUCGGUUUUGUAAAGUUUUACCAUUAAAGUUUCUUUAGGAAGCUUUUUAUUUUUAGUUUGAAGUGGCUAGCAUAUUAGUAGAUCAAAUACCAAUGAUAAACUUAUACUCCGUAUAGAAUUACAGCUUUUGAAUCAUUUACAAAGGGUGUUUUUGAGGUUCU